AUGGAUGCAGGCGCAGAUGCAGCUACUUCUCUCCGGGCCGAGCUGAAGCAAUGGGAGAAGACCUUCACGCUGCAGAACUCCCGCAAGCCAGGACGCGAGGACAUAAAGAACAACCGAGCAAUCGCUGAGAAGUACAAGGAAUACGCACGCCUACGAUCAGACGGCUCGCAGAAGACAGAUAAGGAGAAAGAGAAAGAGAAAGCAAAGGCCAAGUCAGCUGUAGUAGACCAGCAGACACCCAAGCGCGCGAAACGACACUGUCCGUUCGAAGAUGAUUCACCCACCGCAAAGCCAAAGAUAUGCACACCCAGCAGAUCCGUGACAACAGGAGUAGGAGAGGCACACCCUUCGCGACUGGACCCGUAUGACUCGCCCUCGACUAUCCGUUGUUUGAACGGUGCACGGGAUCCACUGCCUCUCUACGAAGCUAUUGGGCCUACACCGCAGAGAGACGGGAAGGCGUUGGGUCUGUUCGACCUGCUUGGUUCACCUGCCCAGAAGACGCCCAGGGCAUCAAGGCAGUCUGUCGUGAAUGAUAAUGCUCAUGGCAACGGUGUCGGAGUGGCCCAGACCCCAUCGAGGAAAGGGAAAGUACCCGGCACACCAUCAAGUAGAGGGACACCAGCAACAGCACGAAGACUGAGAUACGCGUCGACACCGCUAUCAUCGGCCCGCAAGUUUUAUUUGGCGAGCUUCUUCGCUACACCCACCGCGAACCGAUGCACGACUAUACCCGAGGAAGAAGAGGAUAAUAACGCUGCUGGCGGCGCGGGUCUUACUUCAGAAACGCCUUCGUUCUUAAGGCGGAAGAACAUAUUCUCUCCCAGAGCGAAGAAUAAUGUACCGACCCUGCAUAGUCCGGGCCCUGUAGCGGUGCGUAUGCCGCAGAAGUUAUUCGGGAAGGGAAUCAGUUCGUUUGCGAGACGGUUGCAGGAGCAGAACACGGAGAAGAAAGAGGGCGUCGAUGAGCAGUCUGAAGACCGUGUUGAGGAGACACAGAUCUUCUCAGAUCAGGAUCAGGAGGUCAACAACGAGGAUAAUGGAGAUGGUGAUGUUCACAAGUCCCCAUCAAAGACGCACAAGACGUAUAAGAAGAAGGGCCAGAAACGAACAACCAAGCUUUCUCGCCUCAAGCCAUCUCGUACAAAACCAGCUGCUCAACCGUUAUGGGAAUCUCUUGUUGAAGAGAGUGAGGACGAACUCGCCGCUGCUGAAACGGGUGCUCCUCCAGUAGAACAAGAUGAUGGCUCAAGUGAUGAUCCAGAUGGUGAUGAAGCAUAUAUCCCCAAGAACCACGAAAAGAAUCCAAGGAAGCCGGUCAAGUCUGUAUCCAAGACCGCUGCGGAGAAGAAACCGAGAAAGAUCAAGGCGGAAGCCCACGCCAAUUACCGCUCGUUGAAGAUUCGGAGCCGAGGCGGCCAGAAAGGAGGUGGCCGGUUCGGAAGGCGGUGA